UAGAAACUUUAAAUUUAUCUCCUACUUUUGAUCUCUUUUUAGAUACUUCUUGCACUUUUUGUUAUACUCCCACUUCUAUUGAUUCUUGCUCAAACCAAUUUGUUUUCUUUUGGAAUUGGUUUUCUUUAAAUUCUUCUGCAUUUUCUUUUUCUCAUAUAACUAUUGAAACUUUUAAUUUAUUAUUAACUUCUAAUUAA